AUGUCCAGUGUACUACCCAGUCAGAUCCCUGGAUCGUCCCCCACGGGCUCGAUUAUCGAGAUACCGACGGAUCAACAAAGCUUUGACUCGAAGGACGUUGUGACGUUGAACUCAACCUCUAUACACCAGGACUCGAGUGACCUGUUCGAGGUGUCUCAGACAGAAUACCUCCUGUCACAGAAGACGAAUGCCGGUGUUGAUGAUGACAACCUGGGUGACACCCAGUAUAACGAGCUACGGUCUGCACAGACACCUCCACCAUCGGAUUCUCAAGAGAUCAGGUCUUCACCAUUGGUGGGCUCUCCAGAGAGAGAUCAUGUGUGUAACGUACGCACACCUCAAAGACGUACGAAUGACUCAAGUCCCGGUGUCCAGAAGACAUCUUUUUGCAUGAUAUCGCCCAUCAGAGUUCACUCGCUGUCUCCGAAGAGGAAGAAUGUGCUCAUUGCCCAAGAAUCAUACUCCAUACCGAAUUUGAUGUCGUCACCUGCGAGCAGAGAUGACGAUUCAUCGUCUCCUAGCACACCUUCUAUCUAUCUCACAGCUAGACAGAACGCAUCUCCCAGUAUUGGAGAAAGAGUACGAACAACAACAGAAGUCACGUUCCAAGGCCAGCUUGAUCCAGUGGCAAACUCGAGCUCGCCUGCUUCUGGAGAUUUCUCCACCAGAAUAAUCAACAGGAAGAGACUUCGCAGUGACGAUGUACCUGAUACAUCUGACGACGAUGAAGAUAUAAGCAUCAUUGAGAUAACGAGAACCGUCAAGAGGAACAAGAGUGUGUUGCAAGUGCCCUCGUCUCAAAACGUAUCGCAGAGAAGUUCGCCAUUAUUACCUAGAGGGCUUUGUAUACCAAGAACAAGCAACUCAAGCCCUUUAAAGCAUACGCUUGGUGCUAUCGAAGAUUUGAGUGAUAAGGAGGAAGAUGAUGAUAUAUGUGACGAUGAUGAACUUAUGCAAAUGUCCAUGGAUCACCUGAGACAGACGAUUAUGCGUUAUGGGUUGAAACCUUCAAAGAGUAAGCUAUCCAUGGUGAACUCGAUAAGACGGGUCACACGGUACCUUUCUCAAGAUUCCGUUCAUCAACUAUCAAUGAGCCAGGACAUUUCUCUAUCUCAGAAAGUUGUGCGAAGGGACAUCUUCAAGGUCGUCAACAACGUCAUUAGGCAAGAUGAGAAGAUUUGGGAGAAGAUCUAUACAUUUGAGCCGGUCAGUCCCGAUUCAAUAUUGACGUUGUUACAGGAGAACGACAUAGAAAUAUCACCAGAACUGUUUAAGGAAUGGUGUGAUUAUAACAGCAUAUCUCUACUGGACGCUGGUGAUAACGUGGAUUCAGAUUUGAUACCAUAG